AUGGCAGCCGAAAACGUCGUCACUCUCACCUACAAAGAUCGGAUAGCUAUCAUCACCCUCAACAGACCCAAGAAGCUCAAUGCAUUUACACUGGACCAUUACUACCUCAUUGGGGAGCGUCUCCGCGAAGUUGCACAACGAGAUGAUAUCUACGUAACCAUCAUCGCAGGCACGGGACGAUUCUUUUCAGCCGGAGCGGACGUAUCCUCGGCAGUCAACAAAGACUCAACCGGCAACCCCCGCCUCGACGUCGUCCAAGGCUUCGUAAUUCGCAACAUAGACCUAACGCGCACCUUCUACACGCACCCAAAGAUCCUCGUCGUAGCCCUCAACGGCCCUGCCGUCGGCCUCUCCGCCGCCCUCGUCGCAUUCGCCGACUUCAUCUACGCCGCUCCACACACCUUCAUCCUCACACCGUUCUCCUCCCUAGGCCUCGUCGCAGAGGGCGGCUCGUCAUACGCCUUCGUCGAACGCCUCGGCAUCGCGAAGGCCAACGAGGCGCUUAUCAUGAGUAAGCGCAUUACCUGUGAUGAGCUCGUCGCCACCGGUUUCGUGAAUAAGGUCAUCUCUGCGCCAUCAGGGAGACAGGAUGACUCCACCGGUUUCCUGGGGAAGGUUCUGGAGGAGGUGGAGGAACGGCUGGGUACGCAUUUGAAUCAAAGUAGUUUAUUGAGGAUUAAGGAGUUGAUUCGGAGGCCUGGAAGGGAGAUUCUGGAUAGACAGAAUCAAUUGGAGGCAUACAUGGGGCUUGAUCGGUUCUUGAGGGGUUAUCCGCAGGAGGAGUUUAGGAAGAUUGCUACGGGGCAGAAGAAGCAUAAAUUGUAG